GAUUAAUUGAGAUCAGCGUCAUUUCCAUGGCAGAGCUUGGUAACCGUUCAAACAAUUUCUGUUGCAAAAGCAGAAUUCAAAAUGUCGAUGGGUCGAAGAGUGCCCAAGAAGAAAGAUGAUAUCUUCAAUAAAAAAAUACCAGAAAAUCCGAAAUAUAAGCAUAUCAGACACACGGUUGAUACAGGGUCCAGUAUUACAAGGCAUAAUGAAAAGGUUGAACUGAUAAAGAAAAAUUACAAGUACAGAAAUGAUGAAAUAUUUAAAAGAAUGAAAGUUAACACUUUUGCACAAUUGGUGUUGCAAGUUGCAGAUGUUAUCUAUCUGGAAAAUGAAAGAGAUGACCUUUCUACAUCUGGAGUAAGUAUCAACUAUGACAAUGAAACACCAGCCAGUGAGGAAAGGGGGGUUGAAAGUGCCAAUGAAAAUGUACCACCACUAAACUUACCACCAGAUGAAACUGCUAGACACAAGACAGGUUCAACUGUUGGUACAGAUACAUCAAGAUCUACACUACAGGAUUUAAUUCGAGGUGUUGGAGAAUUUGAUCUUAAGACCCAAGACGAAGAACAUGAGAACAAUGUUGAUUUUAUGUCAGCACGAUCAACUCAAUCUACUGUUGUGGCACCUGAUUUUCACUCUUUACCCUAUCUUUUAUUGGAUAUAAGAAAAGCAACAGAUGAAUUUGAUCAAUCACACAUUAUUGGAGCCACUAAUUAUGAUAGGGCAAAUUUAUCAAAGACAAUGAAUUGGUGCACAGAGGAAUUAUCAUCUUUCAAAAGCAAAGAAGGUAAAAUUAUCAUUGUUUAUGAUGAAGACGAAAGAUACGCUCCAAAUGUUGCAACUACGUUGGUUCAGCGUGAUUUUGAUAAUAUUUUUAUGUUGUCUGGAGGUAUGAAGGUGUUGAAUAAACGUUUUCCCGAGUGUUUUAUAUCCGGUACCCUACCACAAUCCUGCAUGCCUUCACCACCACCGACACGACGUGCUACGAAGAAAGUACCUACGAAAUUUCUUACACCGGAUAAUCAACACUGGGAGUUCUUUUCGCGUUAUCAUUUACAGAAAAUGCAGGAUUGCUUAAAUGAAGAACUAUUGAAGCAGGAGAACAGCAGUCGUAUGAGUUCAAGAGUUUCAAGUCGUUCGUCUGUUGUCAGCUCCAACAGCAGAUUAUCAACCAGUUCUUCAACGUCCAGCAAAAAACCGUGGAAAUAAGCCGGAAUCGGUCCUGUGGAAUUCAACUGGUAUUGUCAAUAAAAUAUAUGUGAAGUCAUGUACUAUGGUGGAACAUGACUUACAUCUUAUUUGAAAUGUGUGCAUGUACAGAACGAAGAAAGUUGCAUGUAUAGAAUUGAUUUCAAGCCUCUUUUUCACAAGACUCAGUAUGAAGCCAGGAUCAACCUUGGGUACGAGGUUGAUGAAGGAUCUGAGAAAUAAUUUGUUGCAUAUGCAAAAUAUUGAACGCAUAUGAUAUGAUAUGAUGUAAUUUGAAUUGUAUAUCAGACCAUGUACAUUUUUACAAGUUAGAUUUACUCGUGUAUUAUUUCAAUUAACAAUUUUGUUUUAAAUAUA